AUUCAUUAAUCAUAGAAAUUGAGACCGAAAAUAUUUAUCAAGAUAUGAUAAACGAUUGUGAUUUAUUUGAUUUUAGUGAUUAUCCCGAAGAGCAUUGGGUGGUAAAAAAUCUUCCAAAAGAUCAAUGGAUAAUUAAUGAAGAAGGUAAGCGUGUAUUAAAAAAUACUAAAGUAAUAGGUAAGUGGAAGGAUGAAAAUGGAGGAGAUAGAGCUAUCGGCUAUGCAGGAGUUCGUGCAAAAUGUUAUAGCGUUGUGUGUGAAAAUUCACGAAAAAAUAAGAUAAAAGCAAAGGGUCUUAAAAAAGCACUUAUCAAGAGAGAGCUCACACAUAAAAUAUUCGAAGACUGUGUUUUAGAGGGAAAAGAUGAUCAACCACGAACCACCCAAUUCCUCCGAAGUUACAGGCAUCGAAUGUAUAGAAUAAAGCAAACAAAGAGGAGUAUUAACCCACUAGAUACAAAAUUAUGGUUAUCCCAAGAUGAAAAAGCUGAUCCAUAUGUAUAUGGAGAUUGUGAAAUUCCGAAAGAAUAA